AUGUCAACUAGUUCUAUUCACGAAGCCUUUCGAAAUAAGCAAGCAUCGAAAUUUCUCGAGCCAUGCGAAGAGCAAUCGCGCGCUUCAUAUAAAUGCCUAGACCGAAAUAAUUAUGACAAGAAGAAAUGUAGAAAGUAUUUUCUUGAAUACAAGGAAUGCAAACGAAAAUGGCUCGAAGAACGUAAGGAGUUACGUCGUCAAGGGCUUUUGUGA